AUGAGGUAUCCGAAGACACCCGAUUUGGAUAUAAUGAACGGCGUUCACAUCAUUAGAUCGUUACACGUGAAAAAAGAUAAUAAGUUUUGUAACAAUAACUAUUCCGGUUUCAAUUCCGUGGCGGAUGUGUACACAAAUAAUUACGAGGAAUCAAACAACAAACCUACCUGGCUAGUAUUCGACAAACAGGUGAACUUUAAUAGAUCUUUUAGAAAAUACAAUCUAAAUGUAUAACCAGUAUUGCACAGUGGCGCGGCCAGGAUAUUUUAAAAGGGGGUGUGUCACGUGUUCAUAUAUUUUUGAAAAAAAAAAAAAAACCCCGUUCCAAUAAAUUUAUAUUACUUAAACGCGGAUGUAGGGACGUAUCGAGAAACCCGAAACACCUCCCUGGUUGCGUCACUUCAAUUAAAGGCGUACAUAAAAUUAAACAUUAAACAUACAUGUGCAUUGAUAGCAUUUUUUUUUUUGUUUAAGAAUCUGACAUUUGACGCGUAUUUCAAAAGUACGGUGAACGAGAGUUUUGGUUGUAGCUAUAAUUUAAGAAAAUGUAAAAUAAUUUAUUUUCUUGAAGACGAUACGAUAAAAGUAGUCGAACCCGUCGUGAUCAAUAGUGGUUUGCCACAAGGUAUUGUUACGAUUUCAUUACGAAUAUUUUUCUUUUACGUAGUAAUUUAUAAAAAAAGACGGACAUGCUUCGCACGAUGGGUGGGCCACAGUUGUAGAUGAGAAGUUGGAAAGAUGCGAUGUAAAGGGGAGUUUNUAAAAAAAGACGGACAUGCUUCGCACGAUGGGUGGGCCACUGUUGUAGAUGAGAAGUUGGAAAGAUGCGAUGUAAAGGGGAGUUUAAUGUAUAACUGUCUGCAACAAUUAAUCAUUACAAACGAAAAGCAAUUCUGAGCGAAGUUCGGUUAUACAUGUUUUAAAAUGUCGUAAUAUUUACGAUUUUCGUAAAAAUUUGAUAUUAAAAUUCUUAUAAAAAAAUACUAUAUCAAACUCAAUUUUUUCUUGUUGACCACAACAUAAUUUAGCAUAACUUAUAAUGAACCUCCUGUUAAAUUUCCAUAGCAUUUCUGUUUGAUCUUACAAAUUUUAUCCACAGAUUAGUUACCUACCGAACACAAAUUACGUAAACAACUCGGAAAAUUAAAAUAAAUAGCUCAAAACCGCGUUAAAUGUUUUGAAAAUGUUACCACGUUUGGGAUAAAAUAUUAAUCUAAGUUUUCUGUUCAAAUUUCAAGUCUCUACGAAUAUUUUGAAUUAAUUUACAACAAAAUUAUUUCCGUACAUUUUCCCGUUUUUUAUACGUUAUUCACAAUUGUCAUGGAAACUGCUUGGAAAAUCAAAAAAUGAUUUUCUCAAAGUAUCAAUUAGAUAACAUGUUUUCAGAAAAGAUGCUACAUUUGAACAUUUGGUAGAAAUUUUGUACAGUAUAAAAAAAAAAAAAAAACAAAAAAAAAAUAGCAUUGUAAAACCGCUUCGCUUCGCUCAGAAUCUAAAAUUAGCUAUAAAAACCGCGAGUAAAUAUAAUAUUAAUCAUACACAUAUCGCGGGUUCGCAUCUAAAUAUUGAAAGCUUAGCUAAGGUUUACUAAAUUAUACUACUAGUUAAUUUCGGUUAUAUUUAGUUCAGGAAAAUCGUGUACAUGACUUGGUGCAAUAUGUUAUUUUAUAAUUUGUAUUACAGAAAAGAAGUUAUUUUAUACCGUAUUAAAUUAACAUGCUAUUUUAUUUGACCAAUACUGCUACCUGUAUAGAUUUGAAAUAUUUCUGAACAAAUGGUAAAACACGUAUACCGUUGUUGUAUAAUCGCGUGUUUGUACUUAGCGGGUCAAUAUCUACACAGUCAUAUUGAUUUAUUCAGAUAAAAAUAUUAAAAUACCUCUUGUGAAAAAAAAUUGCGAUUUUAUAAUAAUUUGUCGUAAAAUGUGUUAUAUUAUAAUGUUGAACUAAUAUUGAAAUAAUAUGCUCGCGAUUAUCUAUAAAAAGAAUCAUGAUACAAGAUGACUCACGACUGUAUGUAUUGUAACGUUUCGUACUUAUGAAUCAACAUUUUCGUAUUAUUAAUCAUUAAUUUAAAGUGUAUCCAAUAAUGUUAGUUGAGUAGAUAUCGAAUGUUAACACGUCGUUUGUUGUAAAAAAUGUUUACACAUAUUUUAUAAAUCAUUUUUUAAUGUAUAGUUUAUUUACUAAAGGAAUGAUUGGGUACCCAGGUGUAAUUAUUUUAACCUAUAUGUACAUGAGUAUUUUAAGUGUACCUACGCGAAAUAAAUUAUUUUUCCGUAAAGUAUAAUAUUUUGUUGAGCUCAAUGCAACAACAAGAUAAGUUGACGAAAUUGCGAAAUUUUUCAGCAGAUGGACAAAAAAACCAUUGCUAAUAUAAUAAUACGGUCUUUAUUUUGUCCAGAAUUUAGCCGGACCAGACAAGCCCGUAUCGCUAACGUUUUCUCCGUACUUGCGUUAUUAUUGCACCGAAUUACGUAUCAUGAUAUAUUGUUUUACUCGAAACUAUAAAAAAAUGAUUUAAAUAAAGUGGAUCUGCCUUGUUGUUGCGUUGAGCCAAAUUUUAGAUUUUUAUUUAUGGGAUAAUAUAAAUAUAACGUGUCCGUAGGAUGUUUGAUCAAACGCCACAAAAUUCCUUUACCAAAUAACUAUGGCGAUAAUGAUUAUUAUCAACUAACCGAUUUGAAUGUUGGCGUAACAGUAGAGUUUUACGGUAAACAUUUGAAAAUAAUUGGCGCCGAUAAUUUUACCAGAGAUUUUUUAAAGAAAGCCGGUAUCGAUGUACCGGAAAAUAUGCCAAUGCCCAUUGACCCAUAUUUCAUAAAUAGAGAAAAAGUAUGUGAUCUUAUUAUGUUAAAUUUGUAAUUUUUAAAUGGUCAUCAGUGGCGUAACCACGGGGUGGCGGUGAUAGGGAUAGAUAUCUCAGAGUUUAAUUUUUUGAUGUUACGUACCUUAGUAAAUAUCCAUCUACUAGCCCAGUUUGCAGUGAAAAAAAGAAAAAAAAAAAAAAGAACAGUCGAUUCUGAGUGUUAUUAGUAAAUAACUAAUAUUGACCCAGAUAUUGGUAACACUGCAGAAAUCAACAGAAAUAAAACAUAUAUGUUCCUAUUAAUAUUUGUUGUCGUUUUUUACAUUUUGAAGAAAAACUAUGGAAUCUAGAAAUUGUUUUCAAAUGAAGUACUAAUGGUGGAAAAAUCCGCAUAUUUUAAAGCGGAGCAUAAAAUAUUUUGUAUUAACAAAAGUGUUUGCCAUACAAAAAAAAAAACCAAUCUUAGUAAUACUAAUAGCUUCUUCAUUUCACUCAGAAUCUACAAAAUAGAUCUGUUUGGAGGGUGUGUGGGAGGGGUCCACACAAAGUUUAAUUAGUGAAUUAUUCAUUCUCUCUAAAAUAAAUCAUAAUCACGCCACUCUGGGUAUCGCGUUAUUUUGUAUUUACAUAUAAAAUGUGUUUUACGGGCAUUUAAAUAUUUUAUUACAAUAUAGACACCGAAUAGAAAAUCUACGCCGAACGUCGCAGUGACGACUCCUAAGUAUACGAAAAUACAAGGAUUUGAAGGAAUUUUAAAUUUCAAAGGUUACUGGGACGAUCGUCGCAGUGUUGAUGGAAGAUUGCAUAUUUUAGAAGUUCGUUAUUUUUUGACCGACGACACGAUACAAAUUAUCGAACACAACGACGCAGACGGAGGUUUAAAGACAUUUGUCAAGAGACAGAAAAUCCCAAAAGUACCUAUAUUUACCAAACGGAUAUAGAAUAAUAAUUAUUAUUAUUGUAUUACAACUUUUUACCCAGCGAUAAUUUUUGUUAUUUUUUUUAGGAUCGAAUUUAUGUGAAACCACCAGGUUUUAGAGAACAAAGCGAUUUACUGAACGUAUUGGGCGUAAAUCCCAUGAACCGAUGGUACGCUUUUGAUCCUUUGACAAAUGUUAGCACCGCAGAAGACUCCUAUUACCAUUGGUCUAAUCUGUAUGUGGGAGCUGAACUUGACGUGUAUAGCAGAAAAAUAAUUCUGACUAAUUGUGACGAAUUUACUAAGCAAUAUUAUUUGGAUAAUGGUUUUGGUAUGCCGAGAAGAUAAUUUCACAUUGCAAUGCAUAAUAUUGUAGAACGUGUACGUAGGUAAUAUAUAGUUAGGAUUUUUUUUUAGACAACGUUCCGUCUAUUGACAUUCCAAAAGACAACGAAGAUAAGGAAAAGUUUAAUAUGAAAAAUAAUAUACCGGUAUGUCGUGAUGAAAACGUUCUGAACAAACUACUGAGACACUCAACAAUUGAAGCAUUAGUAUUUAAAGCAAAAAUCACACUCAAAGAACCGGACAACCUAAACAGAGAGUUUAUUGUUAAGUGUUUUGUGAGCGAUCAAAGUUUUUCAGUUUCUGAAACAAAAAUUCAGACCGCUGGUAAGUUUUAUAUAGAUUCCAUUAUGAUAUUUUUGAGCUGAUAUUCAACACGGCACACGAGGAAAACAUAUUGAAAAUAAUAUCAUACUUACUCAUGUACCUAUACUUUUACCUAUACUUAAUAUAAUAAUAACGUUUAUAGGCAUCGUUCACAUUUAAAUCUCUAACUACAACACUUAAAAAUAUAACCGACUUGGUAUCUACUAAUUCAUAAAAUAUGUUUUAGGCGCAUUAGGUUGUAGGUUUUGUACAAAACGGAAAAUUCCGAAAGAAUCUCCUAACGAACCAAAUGUGAUAUUUAGAUUAUACGUUGGCGUCGAAUUGACUAUAGACGGUUUUAAAUUUGUUUUCGUCGACGUUGAGGACAGAACGUUAAGGUUUAUGAUGGACCAUCCGAAAGAAGUGAGUUUAAAUUGUAUAACCACGAAGAGCUUAUACCUUAGAAUCAGUGUUGAGCAAUACUUUGACCAAUCCGGAAUCCGGAUUAAAAUUACGUAAUCCAGAUUCAGAUUCAACCCGUUUAAUCCGUUUUUAAUCCGGAUCGAUACUCAUAGAUCGGAUUGAUAAUCAUAAUCCGGAUUCGACGGAUUAUAACGUUUGUUUUAAUCCGGAUUUGGAUCGAUUCAGAUCAAUCCGGAUUUGGUGCUCAGCACUUCUCAGAACUCAUUAAAAUACCUAUGUAUUUCAAACAGUUUCCCCAUAGUGAUGUUAAUUACAUUAUGAACCAAGUAUUAGAAAUAAUAACACAAGCCGACGAUGUUGAUACUUUUAACGAAAAAUACUUUCAAAGCAGAAAUGAAAUAGAAAGACAAGAAUUUAUUGAAAUAAUGUCUAAUUACACACCAAAGUUAAGUCUACACGGAGUAUUUGUUUUGGCACUACAGUACAAAAAGCACGAAAAUUACAAAGAAGUCCCCGACAUUAUAUUCAAAAGCAUUUUACAUGACGAGUUGAAGCGCGAAUUGUUUGUAGGUUUUGACGGACUCGAGAUUAAUUUUAAACAAAGGAACUUGGAUAAGAAGGACGGAUAUCUUGAACGCAGUGAUGCUUUCAAAGCUCUGAAAAGCACAAAACUGCCGUUUUCCACCGAAAUUAUAAACAUGCUAUUAGACCGGUAAGACAUGCAUUAUACUAUAUAUUAUAACUUAAAUGUAUCAUCAAGUUGAAAAAUAAUCAAGUCUUUAAAAUGUUUUAAAUUCAUUUUGCUAAUGUUUAAGAAACGUAUAUUAUAUUUUUCAACUUUUAUUUAUAAACUUUACGACUCAUUGUUAUCAGGUAUUUUAGUAAAUGCUUCACCAUCGAUUAUCCAUUUAUUGUUACGGAUAAUCGUCUGUUUUCAACGUAUACUUAUACAUUUUUUUCAAAUAUACUUCAAGCUGAAAGAAAAAACCGGACAUACUUCGUACGAUUGGUGGGCCACUGUUGUAGGAGAGAAGUUAGGGAGGCAGAGGGAAAAUUGAAUGUACAUCUGUGCAUUAAGAUUGCUGACGAAAAAUAAUUCUGAACGGAGUUCGAUUAUUUGGAAGGCCGUAAUAUUUACGAUUUGAAAAUAAUCAUUUCGUAAAUUUUCCCGUUUUUCAUACUUUUUUCCCGGUUUAUCCCAUUUAUUAUGAAAACCCCCGGGAAAAUCGACAAAUAACCUUUUUAAAGCACCACCUCGGUCAGAUUUACCUUCGGGAAAAUGUGCUACACUUGAAAAACGGUGUAAAAUUUCUGGUAGAAAUUUAGAAUAGUUGUUUACAGAAAAAAUAAAAAAUAAACACCGUUGUAAAAGCAAUCUUGGAAACGGGACUGCAACUGCAUAUUUUCCGAAUCGUUUUUUGCAUGUUUCCCGAGUUUUCCUUAUUAUUAUUAUAUACGACUUCUCUAAAAUAUUAUACAGCAACACUAGAUUACAGUAAAUCGGUAGCCGUUUCGUGGCACAGAUGUUUGGUUUCCUAACUCUCUACGAGAAAAACAACAAUAAACGACAUGGACAAUAGUAGCUGCCAGUUUUAUUAUAGAAUUCUCGAUCCAGUCACAAUAUAAUACGCAUAUCGGUUUCAAUACUUCGGGCCGAUCGACGCGUUCUACGUGACAUCGCCUCCGACUUCUCUGGAAUCGGACACAUACUUUGCUAUUUCACGACAAUUGUCCCGCCAAUCCGCGACACACGUCAGUGUUAUAUUUUGUUAAUUACGGCAGGUACGCGCACGAUUCCGCGGCAAACUGAUUGAACACACGCAUCGUCGCGAUUCGUCUUUAAUUCAUAACUUCGACAUCAUAAUCAACGUACGCACACGUACAAUUCAACGGGAACACAUUGCGCGGAUCGAAGCGAAUUAAUUGUUGUUCGCGCGACGAGACCCGUGUAUAAUGUAAAAUAUACGCGGGUGUAGCCGGUACGGGUUGAUUUCGAAAAUCAUGUCGAAUAACACUGUACGACUACUUAUUAUUAUUUUCAUUUUUCCGUACGUUCGAUACCCACGACAAUUGCGGACACUCUGCGAAUCGCGUCGCGCUGUUCAAUUCCGAAUGUGCGUAACGAUUGUCGACAGAACGCGAUAGAAGCGGAACCGUGUUAAUUGUUCCGCGGCAUUUUCCACGGAAACAACGUUAUUCGGGCACGACAGUAGAAAAAUAAUCAUCGGAAACGACGACGCGUUGUUUUGUAGUCCGUGCGUCGUGCAUGUUGCGACGGUGCGCGCGAAACGAAAACGGAAUCGUCACGCCCGCGGUCAACGCGUUUUUUCACUCGAAAGUCUAAUUAGGUAUGGAAAAAAACAAAAAAAAAAACUUAACCGCGCUCGCUACGGCGGUACGCCGCGGGUACCGUACGGCGCACGACAAACGCACGCCCGGAGCGCGCGACUUUGUGACCGCGCGCGGGUACGACGCAACGGAGUUACAACGUUACACUGUCGUAAAGUGUUCGCCGGACUUUUAACGUUUUGGUCACCGAAACGGCGAUUGUUGUUGUCGUCUGCUGUCCACUUGCACAGGCGUCCGUUUGCCGGGUGUACCGGUCUCAGUUGUCUCGCGCGUGCGGUGACGCGGAGUGAAAUAUCGCCGCCGGGGCCCUGUGCGGCGUGUAUUUUGAUACGGCUGUGCCGGAGUGCUCGCCCCGCACGAUUACUGUGACACCGACGAGAUCGGAUGACAAAUCAUGUCGAAUCGAAUUUUAAAACACAACCAACGCGCGCGCGCCCGUUUUUUCGUUUUUACUGCUCGGUACGGGACAAUAGUUCGUGACGACCGCGGUCGUGCACGCGCAUACGGUACACGUAUGCGAGUUUACGUUUUUCGCUAAAAACCGGCGCAGGUCAUAUUCCAAUUCGGCAGUGCGUAUGUGUGUGUUUGUGUGUUUGUGUGUGUGUGUGUUUGUGUGUGUGUGUGUGUGUGUGUGUGUGUGUGGAUGGGGAGGGNGGGGGGGGGGGGGGGGUGGCGGUGGUGGCGUUAAGGUUUACGGGGAACGGUACAGUUUUGGCAACCGCUGAAAUCGAUUGGUUUCGCAUAUAGAUACACGUGCGCGAUCCGUGUUUGCAAUUUCCGUUCGGUACCUAUACCGAAGGCCCCCGUCAAAUUGAUAUUUAGCACCGAGUUAAAUAUAAUAUAAUAACAUAUAUUUUUUUUUAAAUAUAAACAAAAAAAAAAAAAAAAACGUCAAGAAAAACGAUCUGUCCUCCUAAAAUUAGAACCGAUUUUAUAUACAGUGUGAUAUUCUUUUAUACGGCGAACCGUCGAUUUGAAAUGAAUUAGAUUUCUGGUUUUUUCUUUAACGUCACUAAUCGUAAUGGAACCGUUUAAAUUAUUUUUUAACAUUAUUUUCAAAUUUUCAUCUCUACUCAUCCUUACGCUACUAUACUGUACCGCGUAUGAGUUAUAACUGUUAAAAAUUUAGAUCGCGGACGAGUGAGGAAGGGUAAAAAAUUUCCAGUAUUUAUCCAUAUGAUAAUCCUAUCAUAUAUGAUCACAUCUAUAUUCAAAUGUUAUUAUCAUAUGAUGAUAAUCAUUCCCUAAGGUUUCGGUCUAAAUUUUAAAUUGGUAAAACUCAGGGCUCAAAAGUUCAUGCACUAACAACUACAAAAAAAGUUCUAGUUAUUUUUCAGCUAUUUAUAGACAUUUUAAAUUUUCGAGUUUUACAUCGAUGAGCUAAGUUAAAAGACAAGCAAAUUCGAUUUUGAGUUACGGAUGUUACAGUAAAGGUAUUAUACUACAAUUGCAUUUAAUAUACGGAUACGUAUGAAUUAUGUUAUAUCUAUGAUAAUGUAUCAUUAUAAUAUUAUGAAUAUUUUUUUUAAAUGCUUAUAACUUAAUGUUUAUAACAACACAUUUUUAAACGAAAUAAUAAUAAUGUGAGUGUGAAAUACCACGAUUUAUAAAUACUUAUAUUUCGUUUAAAAAUUAAAAUUACGAAAACAGACGACGGCACGACAUGUAGGUUUAGAAAUUUAUUAAGAACCGUAGGUUAUAUAUCGUAAAACUAUCAAUUAAAUGGUUAUAGUUAUAGUUAAAUAUUUAUCUGUUUUUACUAAUGGAAUCACAUAGUACACGCAACGGCAGUCUAGGAAUAGACUGUAGAUCGCGUUAUUUGUAAUAUCAUGUCUACCGCCCAUUAUAUUAAUUGUAAAAUGUUCCAUGUUUUAUACUAAACUACCAAAUCUAGGGGUAUACCCACUUCUUAAAUUAGACGUGACACCUGUCACACCUAUUAUAUAGGUUCGGCGCUGUGUGCUCUUAAAUGACAUAAAAUAACAUAUUCCAUUUUUAACUCGUCAGGCCACUCACUCGUAAGCCAGGCCACCGGGCAUUUGUCGGGUUGUCCGGCAGACCACUCCGCCCCUGGAGACGGGACAAUAGCGUGCUGGUACGACAUCCUCUUGAUAUUACAACAAUAACGAUUUCGUGUUUUAGAUUUACUCGACCGGAGACAAACCGAGUGGCUUAUAUGGAUUUGCUGAAUUAUUUGAACUAUACUACGGACCCGACUUCCGGAUCAUCGGGCCUGUCGAAGGUACGUACCUAUAUAUAAAAUACCCUUUUUACUCGAAGGACAUUACGCGGCGAUAUUCUUAUUAUAUAUAAAUAUAAUCCGGAGCAAUUGAAUUGGCUCUCAAAUCUAUAUUAUGACGGGUUAUAGUAUAUACCAAACGUUUUAUCCUUUUAAAAUUACUAUUUAGUCGGCUCUUAACAAUUUAGGCAUACCCUACACUGUAUACUCCCAUACGAACGUAUAGGCAUCAUAUCAUAAAUGUGCGAGUCACCGAAAUUAAUGUGAUUUUAUUAAUUUUUUAAACACUUUCUUGGAAUACCAGAGGUACCUACUAAAUAACCAAUUAAUAAACUGUCCGAUAUAUUAAAUUCUAUUUAUUUUGAUUUUAAUCGUACACAAUAUAAUUACAUUAUAUAACCAGAUUGCUGUGAUAUUUACGGUCCAUUGAAUUAUGGAAAUAAUUGCAUUAUUUGUAUUUUGAUUAUUAUAUUUUGACGAACGAAAAUAUUUUAACGAAUAUAUGAUUACGGUGUAAUAAUCGUCAAUCACCGUAUAAAACAGUAUUGACAUAUUAUUUUAUCGAGAAUGUUCGAAAACCCCACAGAUUUGGAUUUAUUUUGAAAUGCUGCUCAAAUAUUUAACGCGAUAUUUAUGUUACUAUUACUAUAAGGUGUCCGCGUUUCGAAAAAUCGAACGAUAACGAAAACGAUUUUCGGUAGCCAAUUCAGCGAUUUCGCGUCACAGUGCUCGAAUUAGAAAAAUUAAAUAAGAGGUACUAUAAAACUUACAAACAAAUUAACGUCCCUUGCAAUUUUUUUAUUCAGCCUCAUUUGUGGUGAUUUUACCUCUGAAUUUUUCUUGCGCCGAUUAUUAUGCCUGUAAACCACUUUUCCAUCAGAAAUCUUGCUUCGACUUUGCUGUAGGUUUCUAGUAGACAAAUUUGUUUAUUUCGUAUAUUGAGUUCAUUUUUGAUUUUCACGGUUUGAACUGUGUAGUUUUCCUAAUAACGGGUAUAAAGAAAAACUGAAAUAUUCACACAAUUACGGUUUCUGUUAUAUUCUAGUUUUUUUUUUUAGUUGUAUUUCAGUGAAAAAUAAUCGCAGUGACCUGAAGUUUUACCGAAUAUUUAAAUUAGCCCUUUCCAGAUAUGGAACCAUUUUCAAAACAUAGUGGCAAAUUAUGAGCUAUUUGAAAUUUUCUAGCUUUUUAUUUUUGUGUGGAUAAAACUGUUUUGACCCAGUGAAAACUCUCGAAAAUUUAACACAAAGUUCAUGAUAAUAUAUAAUUAGUAUAUAUUGAGUGUGUAUUAACAUGAUUAGUGGUCAAAAAGAAAAAAAGUUCAGCGUAUAAUGUAGUCAUUUUUUUUAACGAGCGUCGUUUAAAGUUCAAUAUUUAAUGAAAAUACAAAACUAUGUACCACCCCAUGUGUUUCACUUAAAAAAAAUGGUUGAGGUACGUUAGAAUUUCUGAAAAGUGAGUUGAAGUACUCUGUCCCCUUGCGUCCAUUAUCCAGACGAGUUCUGUUUGACGGCCUACGUCGUGCACCAUCCGAUUUUGGGAGCCAAUUCGACUUCCAUUAUAUAUAUAUAUAUAUAUAUAUAUAUAUAUGUAUAGUAUAUGUAUACAUAUGUAUAGUAGAUGACGUUUAUAAUGAUACCGGUUGUAGUGACUCAUCGGAUAUAAUGUAACUUUAAAAUUUAGAUUGAAGUUCCCGGCAAAACUCCUAUAUUAGGAUGCACUAAUUUUGUAUCGAUUACUAUGAACUUUAUUUUAAUUUUAUUUUUGUUGUAUGCGUUGAAGUCACGAUUUAGUGAUAGAAAUAUCAUAUCAUAUUGCUUGUAAUACAAUAUUAUGUUUGUAUAAACACUUAUGAUUAAUUAAAUUUUAAAGUUUUAUUUUAUCAUUUUGGUUAUAAUGACAAUUGGUUAUUAUAAAUAAUAACUAUAUGAAUAAUAAUUUUAACUAUAGUCACUUGAACGUCAUUAUAAACGGUUUCUACUGUAAUAGUAUACGUAAGCCGAUACUCGAUAUCGGCAGUAUGCUACAUAGGAAUAUUGGAUAACGGUAAAAAAAUGGUAUCGGUUUAAAUAUUAAUAUACUAUCGUCAUGGGCGCAACUAGGGUAAAAAUUGUUUUGGAAUCCCAGAAUCGUAAAUCUUCCUUAUUAUAGAUCUAUUUAAAUAAAUAAAUUUGAACUCAGUUGCUUAAUUUUACGGGUCUGUAGAGGUUUUUAAAACCUGGUAUUUUCUAAAAAAAAAAAAUUCAAAUUUCAGCAUCAAAAUGGUUGAUGAUUGGUUGGGGAGAGGGUUGCAAGUUGAAACCGCCGAUGCACCAUGGAUCAGUCGAAAUUUCAACCCUCUGGUUUAUUUGAGGCUCUGUAGGGAUGUACAAAGCUUAAAAAAUAUCCCUUUCCCGCAAUAAAAUGGUAAAAUUUGUAGUGAAUUCGAUACAAGUUAUAAAAGAUAUUAUUUCAAUCUUUCUAUAAAAAAAACUUCAAUUCCUGAAUUUGAGAUCAUUUCGAUAAGAGGGAACUGCUAAAAGUGUAGCAUAAAAUAACAGAUACAAUACAGUGCAAUAGUCUCUAUUUACGGGGAAAAUUCGAUAAAAAUAAAACACACAUUAUUCAUUCUUUGCUUUAAUUUGUAUAAAAAAUUAAUUUUUUGAUUAGUCAUCGUAAACUCGUUAAGAAUUUAUUUCGUAUUUAUUUUAUUCCCCGAGUCAGUGUAAUCAAUAGUUUGUUAUCAUUAAAUGCUCAAUGUUGUAGACUAUAGUUAUUUAUUGUUGUCAUUACAUCAGCGUUAUCUAUUCUAAAAGGUAAAAAUACCAUUAUUAUUCAAUAUUAAAACCAUCAUCACAGUAAAAAAAAAAAAAAGUAGUGAUGUACACACACACUGAACAAGUCACAAUACAGAUUACUUGAAAAAUGAUCAAUAUUUAAAAGUUGUAAUCCAUAUAGUCUUUACCAAGUGGCCAGAAGAAAAUCAUUACCAUUACCAAGAUCUUUGAUUUCAAACAUUGAUGUAAUAACUUGCCGAUAAAUUUUGGAAAGUGGUAACACAAUUUAAUCUGUUGUGAUAUCAAUACAAAAACAAGUUCACUGAGUAUUGAUUCGUAAUUUUAUUACUUUAUCAAUAUAAAAUAUGCAGGAAUAAUAGCUCACCCCUCUAGUUGCGCCCAUGAGUCUAUUGGUUAAACCGUUUUAGAUUUUGAGCGGAGCGAGGAACGUUUGUUAUUGGUUUCACUGUAAAUGCUAUGUCUGCAAACAACUUUUAGACCAGAAAUUGGGCUCCGAUAAUCGAAUUCGGUGUGGUGGUUUCUAUAUUGAGGGGGUUUAGGACAAUUCGGCACGGCCGUUUUGGCGUGCCCGUUUCGGCGCGGCGUGUUUUACUUUUUAUGGCCGCAUUGAUGUAUUUAUUAAAAAGAUAUUAUACUAAUAUAGUAGUUUAAUUUCCUGUAUCGUUACGAAACAAAUUAAUUACAAAUAUAAUAUAAUACUGUGGUAUUUAUAAAAUUAAAGAAUUAGUUUGAAAAACAAUGGAUCGCUGUAGUUUUAUUUUAAUGAAAUAUUAUGUGCGGCCCUCUUCUAAACAAUCGAUUAAAUUGCGAUUUUUAUAUUAGCUCACAAUUUUAUAUAAUCGGCUGUCAAGUUCUGUAUAUUUUUUUUAUUUUCCGGAAGGACUCCCUCCAGCCAUAA